GCACACACACACACACAUUUGUGGGGCGUCGUUCAUGUGGUUAGAUUAUAACUUAUUUCGGGUUUCCUCGGGCAUUGGAUUAUUCAAAGGUUAUUUUUUUUAGAUCGAGACACAUCUGCAUUACAAAAAAGGUGGCGGUUGCGCCUGAAUUUUUCAGCGGCUUGUGCUUAGCUCAUCCUCUGUCACUGUUUCCGUUGCCAGUUUGAGUUUCGCAAAAGCCCCGCAUUCAACAUCAACCAGUUCAACUUCAAAUUGUGUUUCAGUCGUUUCAGUAUCAAAGAUGAAUUUCACGCCGGAGGUGGAGGCGAUGUCUGCGGAGGCCGCCGCCGCCGUGGAGGCGCUAAUGUCGCCGGCGCUGCCACCUGGCGAGCGACAGCGCACCUACGAGUUGUGCGAGCGCCUAAAGGAGUCGCCGCUGGCGCUGCAGUGUGGGGUCUUUCUGUCUGCCAGUCACCGGCCGAAUAUGGUCAGAUAUCUUGGACUGCAGAUCAUCGAGAACACCAUCAAGUUCCGCUGGAAUGACCUCUCAGUGGAAGAGAAGUUGUUCGUGAAGGACGCCUGUCUGGACCUGAUGUCCUCAGUGGACCCGUCAGCGCCGGCCCACCUGCGGGACGCGCUCUGCCGACCUCUGGUCGAGAUGGUGAAGCGCGAGUGGCCGCAGCAGUACGCCGAGUUUGUGCCCGACAUGGGCCGGCUGGCGGCGCGCGGCGCCCUGCACACCGAACUGGUGCUGCGCGUGUUCCUCCGACUGGCCGAGGAUGUGGCCACGUUUCAGACUCUGGAGGUGCCCGGCCGACGGCGGGACAUCUACCGCGGCCUGGUGGGCAGCAUGGACGACGUCUUCUCCCUCCUGAUGGGCACCCUGACCACGUGUGUGUCGGCACCGGACGGCCAGGACACUGCCCUGGCCGAGAUGUGUCUCAACACGCUGGCGUGCUACCUGGAGUGGGCGGCCGUACAGCACGUGAUGGGUGACGCGCUGCUGCUGCUGCUGCUGCGGCUGGUGACCCGGCCCGGCCUUCAGCAGCUGGCCGCCGAGUGCCUUGUCGUGCUGUUCAGCCGCCACGGGCGUGCCGAGGACCGGGAGCCGCUGCUGGUGGUGUUCCGCUCCGAGCCCGUCUGCCUGCUGGAGCAGCAGGUGUCCAUCUGCUCCGGCCAGCCACCCUCAGACGCCCUGCUGGCCACACUGCGGCUGCUGGCGCAGGCGCUGGCCGGCGCCGUCAGCCAGCUCAGCUACUGCUGGGGCCGCGCCGAGCUGACGGUCGCCGAGCCGCCCACGCUGGGCCGGUUCCUGCAGGUGCUGCUGACCCUGUGCCAGCUGCCGUGCGGCUCGGUGGGUGAUCUGCUGCUGCCCGCCUGGACGGCGCUGCUCCGACACAGUCAGGCGGGCCGCUCCGAGACGGUGCUGGCCGUGGCGCCGGCUCUGUUCGCCUGGCUGCAGCGGCGCGCUCGGCGCCCCGCUGACCCGGCCGCAGAGCCGUGGCGCUACUUGGAGGGAGAAGAGGACGCAGACAGAGCGAGACCCGAGGCGAUAGAGACGCUGCGCUCGCUGGCAGCCGCCGCGCCCGCCGCCACGUUCGCGCUGCUCUGUGAGGGCGUGUCGCAGCUGGUGUCUGCCCCUCUGGCGUCGGACGCCGGGCCGCCGCGGCUGCCGGCCGGCUCAGACACCCUCAAAGACUGGUCUACUGCCGUCUACCUCACAGACCACGUGGCGCCGCGCGCCGCCGAGCUGCCGGAGCAGGCGGAGCGCGGCUCGGCGCUGCUCGGCGUCUGCCUGGGCCGCCGCUCCGCCGACCCUCAAGUGCUCUCCCUGCUAGUGUCGCUGGUCUCCUCACUGACGGCCUUCCUGCCGCGCUGCCCGCACCAGACGCCCGCCGUGCUGGAGCGCCUGUUCGAGGCGGUCACCUUCCCGCCCGAGUCGGAGACGGACCGAGCCGGCCGCGAUCUGCGCCGCCACGGCUGUAACGCGCUGCUGGCGCUGGCCGUGCGCCAGCCGGCGGCGCUGGGCGCGCACUGGGCGCUGCUGGCCGGCCGCGUGCGCGAGCUGCUGGCCGAGCCGGGCCGUCUGGGCGCGCAGGAGGGCGUCACACUGACUGAGCUGCUGGUGCUGGUGCACGCCCGGAUCGGCGACUACCAGCAGCAGAGUGAGCUGAUCGGCGCGCUGCUGGAGCCGCACCUGACCGCCUGGCAGGCGCUGGCCGAGGUGUGCCGCUCCCCGGCCGCGCUGAUGACCGCCGUGGGGCUGGACGCCCCGCCGCCGCCUCUGCUGAGCUCUGCCGAGACGUCGGCGGACGUGGAGCGCCAGCAGGCGCGCUCUCAGCUGACCCUGCUUGUGAACCUGCUGAGCAGUGUGCUGCUGCGCUGCCGCGUGCCUGACGACCCGGACCGGCGGCGAGACGGCGGGUUCCUGGACCCGGCCACGGGCGCCGUGCGCAACCCGUGCGCGCCGCACAUCCUCCCUCGCCUGCCGCUCAUCUUCCAGCUGUUGCGCGCACUGUCGGCGCUCGACUCCCCCGAGAACGUGGCGCGCCUUCACCCGGAGCUGCGCGGCGCUCUGCAGCUGUCGGCACCUGUGAAACUCGCGCUGCUCUCUGCUCAGCCAGAGAAGGCGUCCGGUGACAGCGGCUCCAACGGACAGCGCUCGCCGCUGGAGCGGAUCCAGGGAUUCAUCAGCUACCUGUACGAGACGUGCCACGGCGUACUGGUGAACGCGGCCAACACGCUGCCGGCGGAGCUGUUUGCCGUGCCUCGGCUGUCCGACUACCUGGCGGGGAGUGUACUGCACUGCCUGCCGCACCUCUCCGACCACCGGCUGCGCGUCCAGCUACGCAGCCUGUGGCGCACGCUGCUGCUGCGCUGUCCGGCCGAGCUGCUGGAGCAGCAGCUGCUGCCGCCGCUGGCCGUACUGCUGGACCACCUGGUGGAGAGGCUGGACACCCGUUGGGCAGCCGUCCAGGCGGCCGCUGCCGCCGCGCCCGCCGCUGGAGAGGAACAGGAGGAAGAAGAUACCGAGGCUGUGCUUGCCGAGCUGCUGCUGCGUCAGGUGACCCGCGAGUCGGUCCAGCUGGCCACCUGUCUUCUGACGGCCGCCGGGACCGGCGCCACCAUCACCGCCUCCGCUGACGAUGAUACUAUGGAGGAGGACGCCCCCUCGGCACCGGCGGCGCCGGGAAAGGCGGCGGUCUCGGCCGCGGGGCUGGCGGCGCUGCGCUGCCCCCAGCUGGCCCGGCCGCUGCUCACUCUGGUGUUCAGGACGGUGGGCUGGGGCGACUCUGUGGCCGCCCUGAAGGCCUCUGACCUCGCCCUGCUGCUGGUCAAGGCCAUGACGGACGCCGAGCUGGUCGAUGACGCCGCCGCCAGUCAGGUGCUGUACUGGCUGCUACACGGGCUGGAGGUACAGGGUCACCACAUGGCCAACUUUACCAGCCUGGUGACGUCCAUCACGGCGGCCUACGUGCGGCUGCGGCCCAACCACACCACCGCUGUGGACACGGUGAUGAGUCAGAUACCGGAGGUGACCCCGGAGAUGGUUCGCACGCUCGAGGAGAGGGUGUUCAGAACGCCCAAAAUCGCCGCCAGCGACAAACUGAAGAAAGAAGAGGUCAAACGGGUCAUCAAGCCGCUGGUGAGUCGGAGUCUCAGUCAGCUAUUCCAGAAGAAGGCCUCCAUCAGGAAUCUCCUGCCCCUGCCGAACAAGACGAGACCGGAGCGGGCCGCAGUCGACAUGGUCUCGCUGGCCGAUCUGUUCGGCGACUCGUGACACGUGUAAGUGAAACGUGGCACACGUGUGACACGUGGCAGGCAUGCGAGAUGCGCUUACAUAUCGUGAUGGUGUGAUAAACGGGAGGGAAGUGCCACGGGUGGUCACAGGAACUCUGAGAGUCAGUGUGGGUGGGGUGGCUCACAGUAAAGUCGUCCCGUCUCCCGGGCCUUUUGAGCGGUGUCAGGCGCAACAGAUACAACGAGUAGCACAUACUCAGGACAGGACGGGUGCUGCGGGUAUCUAUCGAUCCGGAACAAUCAUGUGUCUGGUCUAUAGGACCGUGUAACAGUCGAAUCAUGAUCUGUAUUCCUUGCCAGUCCGCUGACGCCCUUUUCUGCCUCCCUCUCCUCUCGAGUGUUCCAGUGGUUCCUAUGACGUGCUGAGCGAUGAACUAUGUGCUGGGCAGUAUGGCUUUCGUCUCCUGAUCUCUCGUCCGCUGUGUGACUCUUUCCGGCCGGCCGGGCCUGUUGCACACCGGUGUAAAGGCUGAUGUGGCCCGGUGGGACGCCCGCGAGCAGCAGCUGAUAUGGCCCCCAGGGCUACCCAAGUGCCAGCGUUCAUCUCUGUAGCGAGCUGUGAAGUGUGGUCCAAUACACGUGCUGUCAUGAGAC